CGCCGACGCAGACAGCCGUGACUCCCGGCCGGCUCCGGGCUCUCAGGUGCAUGCUGAUGGUGGUGAAUCGGAGGCGAGUGCUUCACCCAGCCCGGCUCUGUCAUUGUCAUCGGUGGGCAGCACAAGCUGUGGCAGUACUGUUGUCACCUCAGCAACAUCCCUGUCACAGUCGCCGCUGCAGCAGCAGCAUAGCCAGCAGCCUGCUCGACACAUAUACAAGCCAAAGUUCCAUAAGGCAGUACUCUACCAGCAGCAACAAGAUGAAGCACCGCUCCCUGCCACUAUUAAUGAAGCUUCAUCAUCACCAUUAUCAUCACAGUCCGUGCAACAGGAGCAACAGCUGACAACAAGCAGUGCUGAUGUGCAGAACCCACUUCCUCCUCCCCCACUUGUUUGCCAUGGUGCAACUGGCAGCCCUAGCCCUGAGGUGAUAACACGUCAUAUCACCAAUAUCAUCACACACAACCAGCAAGUUGUCUCCUGCAGCUGGCCCAAGAAAAUGCACCUACAUCGCCAACAGAUGCAGCAGCAGCCAGACCACUCUUCAAGGCUUGCAGCAGCGCUAUUACGCCCUAGCAGGACAGAGGCAACUCCAUCACCACGUCCAUCUGAAGGCAGUAGUGCCUGUUCGACACCAGAGCCAGUAAAUGCAACGCUGGUGCAACAGCCACUCAAUUUGUCGUCACGGCCUGUCCCAGUGUUGGCGCAAGAACCAGCACCGGGAGUUGAAGCACCACAGCGUCUCAAGACAGUGGGUCAGAUCCCGCCAUUGGUACAGCAACAUGCCGUUAGCCAGGUACUCCGUGAUCACAACCAUGGAUGUGGGCCUCCAAUUGAUCCUGGCCCUGACAGCAGUGCGGCACUUGCCCUCCUCAAUGAUCUAGCAUCUGCCACCAGCAAAGAACACACUGCUGAGAACUCCAUAAUCAAAAGACUGUUACUGAAACGGCGUGCUGCUGAGGCAGCAGCGGCGGCAGCGGCUGCUGCAGAGGUGGGUGCUACAUUGGAGCCCACAUCCCAAUUAGCUGAUGAUCUUCCUACUUCAUCUGUGACGACUGCAAGCUUCCAGUUUGUGUGUAAUGUGUGCAAGAUCCCAUUUCGCAGUGCAGAGAACCUAGAGACUCACCAACAUUACUACUGCACUAGGAGGCCCAGAAUAUCAUCAGCAAGCUCGUACAGCUCUCUUGAAGAGACCAGACAUCAAAGAACAGCACUGAAGGUGGAUGUACGUGCUGCAGUGGCCAGUGGUGAUAGAGUGGCUCCACCUUUUCCAUCACCGGGACCUCUACUAGGUUCUACACCUCUUAUUGACAGCUACAGGCCUGAAGACAAAAGACGUCGCCUUGACUCGGAACGUUCAUCCUCUGCAUCUUCAUCUUGCUGUACGUCACCCUUACCUUCAUUGCGUUCCAUUGAGGAAUUAUCAAAGUGCCCACCGCCAGCACCACCUCGGCCCAACUCCCUUCAGAUGUUUGGGGGUGAGGUGCAAAUCUUGGAUGCAGCUGGUGAAAUGAAGACAUUGCGUAUAGAGCCAUCAACACGUGGCAGUGGGCACAGUCCAGGGCUCACAGUUGGGCACAUGGGAGGAGGGCUUGUGGUAGGUCCCUGCUCUACAACAGCUAGUGUAAUUGAAGGCGGGCAGCCACAGUCUCCACACAUAGUCGUUACAAUAGCACGCUCUGGGCUUCACUCGGGAGGCACACUUGUUCAGCUACCUACGACAACUAUCAGUUCAGGAGUAGCUGGUGUCGCUGCAGCAACAAUGACUCCUACACCUGCAGGAGGCAGCUCUGCUAAUGGUGCACGUACACCGAGGACUUCGGGUGGUGGUGUAGUAAGCCCAAAGCCAACUCAAAACACCCCAUCCACUGUUCCUCCUGCUGCACCUGCUAUGUUUCCAGCAGCACGUCUUGUAACCCCUAACAUUGCCACACCUGAUUUGGCAGUACCUGGUAUUCCUCCGCCAGGUCGUCCACUGCCAUUUCCUGUGGCUUUCCCUGCAUUCCUUAAUCCUUUAACACACAUCACUGCCUACAACCCUCUGACACUCCCUCCACCAUCUGUUGCAAGUGGAACCAGUGGAACUACAGGGGUGGUGACAAUACAGUAUGGUGGUAAAGUUAUUCCUCAUGUGCCUGGAAUACCUGGCCCGCAGACACUUCUCCUAAGGAAUACUGCCCCUCUUGAUUUAGCUGUGACUAGUGGUGUAGUACAGGCAUCACCAACCACUGUAGUGGACAGUCCUCGUAUGAGUCCACAAGUAUCAAAAGCCCCUGUAAAAUGUUCUACCACAGGACUCAUAACAGUGUCUGCUCCAUCCAAGCGUGAAACACGUGAUGACACCAUAAGGUUACCGAGUGCAUCAUCUUCGCCACCAAAGAAGAUGCCAAAAUUGCAGUCAACGCUACCAAUGAUCAAGGUAGACUGUGCUUCAUCUCCUGGAGAAGUCACAGUUGAGCGUUUGGUUUCUGAAGAUUCUGUCAAACGUUUAUCACCAUCAAAACCAGUUGCAAUAACACCACCACCAAGGAAAGUUUCCAGAGGAAGUGACAGUAUUGUGAUGGGCUCUAAAUGUGAAAGUUCAUUAUCACCUGCAAAACCAGAAAAUGGUGGCAGAACAGAAAGUGCAGAUAUCGAAAAAAGUAUAGAUAAUGAGGAUGGAAAUGGAAAGAGUGGAAAUUCUGAUAGCUCUCAUCGUCCACGGUUUCUUAGGCCUACAUCGUUACCAUUGAAGCCGGGGACAUUUACACCAAAGAAGGUACACGGUAUGGGGUUGACACCAGUUUUGCCUCUCGUAAGCCCAGAGACCCCACGACCAAAAAAGUCGUAUGGACAGUUGUACUUGAAUGGACAUGCAUACACAUACUUGGGCCUAAAAUGCUCAGCUCGUUCGUAUUAUUGCACUCUGAAUAGGCUUCAACCUAUGUAUGUGCUACACAGCCCUGAACACUCGAAGCUGUCAAUGUACUCCAAUUGGAAGGUUUGUUCAGAGGCUGCUCCAAAUCCUCUUGGUCUAGAGCCUGGCAAGGCAAUGGCACUGUACGAUUCACGUCAUAGACCGGUUGUGUAUACAGUGGCUAGAACUUCACAAAAGCAUGCAUUGGUUAUGACCCAUUCAUCAUAUUGGCAGAAUAAAACUUUGAAUCAGAUGAAGAACAAAGAAAAGAAAGAUGUAACUGAUGAAGGUACAUCUGAAGAUAAGACACAUGCUGAUGAUGGAGAAAAUAGUUCCGAGAACAACACCAAUGGACAAGAAGGUCCACAAAGUGGUGAGCAGCCACCAAGAAGGGUUAAAAUCUUUGAUGGGGGCUUUGAGUCUAAUGAAGAAUAUACAUAUGUGAGAGGGAGAGGCCGUGGUCGUUAUGUGUGUGAGGAAUGUGGGAUCCGUUGCAAGAAGCCAUCUAUGCUCAAGAAGCACAUUCGCACUCACACAGAUGUCCGGCCAUUCACCUGCAAGCACUGUAAUUUCAGUUUCAAAACAAAAGGAAAUUUGACAAAACAUAUGAAAUCAAAGGCACAUUACAAGAAGUGUGUAGAACUUGGAAUUGUACCUGUACCAACUGUUGUUGAUGACAGUUACAUUGAUGAAGAAUGUCUGGCAAAACAGCAAGCAAUGCGAGCUUCUCGAAUUGAAGAUGGUGAAUCGGAGUCUGAUGAUAAUGAUGAAGAUGAGGAUGAUGACGAUGAUGAGGAUGAAGAUGAGGAUGAUGAACAAGUGCCAGCUGAUGAGGACUGUGAUGAUGAGGCAAACAAAGGAGCUCCAGAGCGUGAAGCAGCUCGCAGCUUGCUGUCUCUCAGUCGCGGUGGUGGCUCGAGUUCACCGGGGCUUGCGUCGGCUGGUUUAGUACCUGCAGUUGCAGCCAGGCCAAACACAUACCCAUAUAUGGCUACUACUAUUGUUCCGACACCACACACUCCAACACUUUCAGCAGUCAGUGCUCAGACAGAGCGUGAAAAGGUGUCAAACAAUACUGGACUGGCCCUUGGACUGGAAGGAACCACAGGCGGUGGACUUGUUGUGCAAAGCACAACAAACCGUUACUAUUUCCCAUCUAACCGCACAACCACUACUACUUCCACACCACAACCUGCUUUGAGUGUCAGUAGCCCCACCACCUCCACUGUACCUCUUGUCACUACACGUGAUAAAGAUGGUCUUCCAGUAGACCUAAGCACUCGAUCACAACUUCAGCUGCAUGUCCAGACACAGCCUACAACUCCAGUUUCAGAAAUUCUGACUCCUGUUUCGGAACCAGCUACCCUUCUCGCUUCUCUUUGCAGCUCUGCAGAGCGAUGUCCUCCUCCUCCAGCACCUCCAGUACCUGCCCCAGCUGAAGCUACAAUGCUGCAGGCUUACCUGACUGAGCGAGCUUUGCAGGAUGCGAGAGUGAAGCGUCAUCAGGUACUACAGCCUGAACCUACUCCUCCAGUAACAGAUGUUGCUGGAAAUUGCAGUACACCGACUGCUUCAUUUCCAACUCCUGUAUCACGUACUGAAACUUGUUUGUCAGUAGAGGUGACCUUCCCAGCUGUUUCUUCAGUUGCUGCCUCUGUAUCUUCUUCCAUCCCUAUUUCGGUAGCACAGUCUUCAAGUAUGCAUGUGGAACUGACAGCACCAAAUGGGUCACCUGCACGAUCCUCUCCUUUUAGCAGUCAGCGUCCAUUGUCUCCACCUACCACUCAGACUACGACAACUCGUGAAAGUCCAACUCGGUCACCAGGUGGUCCGAAAGCAGAGUUCAUGCCACCGUCCAGUGGCCCAUCACCUAGCUAUGUCAGUAUAACAGAUGAUGGCCGAAGUAUGUGUUCAAUCUGCAACAAGAUUUUUUCCAAACCAAGCCAGCUCCGCUUACAUGUUAACAUACAUUACUUUGAACGUCCUUUUCGUUGCGAGUCAUGUGCAGUGUCCUUCAGAACGAAGGGGCACUUACAGAAGCAUGAGCGUUCUGUCAGUCAUCAAAAUAAAGUCAGCAUGAACUCCACAUUUGGAGCUCCAACUACUACAAAUCCUCGUCCUUUCAAAUGCGAUGACUGCAAAAUAGCAUUUCGUAUACAUGGCCAUUUAGCUAAACACCUGCGAUCAAAAAUGCAUAUAAUGAAACUAGAGUGUGUGGGCAAGCUGCCAUUUGGAACAUAUGCCGAGAUGGAGAGAGAAGGCAUAAGUUUAAAUGAGAUUGACACCACAGAUUGUGAAAAUUCCCUUGAAAGUUUGCAGGUGUUGGCACAGAAGUUAUAUGAAAAGGAUCCUUCAAAACUUGGACAGUGGGAUGGUGAGCGUGGACUACUCUUUCUUCCAAAUUCUCACAGUCAACUUAGUGGAGGAGAAACAUCUUCAGAUGAAGGAGAACCUCUUAUUGGAUACCAGAGCCCACACUAUCCAGAAGCUACACCAUCAGCACCUGCUGUUUCUAAUGUUAACCAUGAGCUGAUUAAUGUGUCCACAAACCAACAACACCGUUCAAAAAAUGAUCAGUUAUUUACCAGACAUGCUAAAGUCAACUCUCAAAUCAGCUAUAAUAAUGUUUCAGUAGCAAAUGUUGUAGAAACAAAGUAUGAUGAUCUGGCACCUAGCUUGUAUUCAAGAAGUCAUAUUAAUAAGACUGGAAAAGAAAGAUCUAUACAGUCCAGAGCACAAUUAAAUGUUCACACAGCAGAAGUAUCUAAAGAAUAUUUUAAAAUAGUAGAAAGUUGUCAGAACAAUUCAUUGCAUAUGGGUAAUUCUGUUCACCAUGCAGAAAAAACAAGUAUGGAAUUACAGCAGAAGGAACCGUUUAGACAAAUGAGGAACAGUUGUGCACAGAUUGCAUCAUUUGAUAUCAGACCAGAACAGCAAAAUGAGAAAGAAAAGAGUGUGUGUAGGACUUUCAGUGAAAUAGUCAGUAAAGAGGCAGGUGUUGCAGAUGCUACCUCAAAGAGUGAUAAUGAUGGACUAAUAAACCAAACCAUUUUCUUGUGUAAAAUGUGCAAGAAAACAUUUUCCAACAAGAAUGACCUACAGGUUCACAACUUCAUCAGUCAUGAAUCCAACCAUAAUUCUCAAAGAUGUAGCCCUCUCACCAUGACAACAGUGAAUGAGAACUUGUCAAGAACAUCACCUGCAAGCAGUUUGAGGAACUGUAAUGUGUUGUUCAGUGCUACAGGUGAUAGUAAUUUGUCAGAUGGGUCAGGGAAUGUGCUUGGUACUGAACAGAUGGGAACCACCUGUGUUGACACAAAUGAACAAAGUACUCUGAUUUCUCAUAAUAGUGAUUCUUUUGGAACAUCUAAUCCAUUGGCAACUAUUUAUAAUACCCAAGGACAAUUUUUAAAACUGUGCAAAACAGGAGAUGGUGAAAAUCGCAGCAUGCCGAAGGACUACAACUCGCUGAAUAUACGUAGAUUAGAUGAAAACCGGACAGUGUUAACUCCACAUAAUGUUAGAGGUUCAUCAGUAAAAGAAUCGUGUUCAGAUUCGUAUAGUGGUAGUAAUUUGAAAGAAAGUGAGAGUUAUGGGCUCAAAACGUCUACCACAAACAGAGGCGAAGCAAGUUCUGAAGUGAGAAAUGAGAGUGGAGAAGUUAAUGUGAGGUGGACAGAAAGUAGAACUAUCUAUGAACAUUUAAAAGUUACACAAGAUAAUUGUGGUAUCCAGUGCCAAAAUAAUGAAACUUCCGUGGACUGUGGAUAUAAUUUCAGUGAAAGUGCCAUAAGCAGUUCUUGUGUGAUGCAAAAAGACAAAGUGGACAGUAAAAGCAGACUGCUUAGUAGUGAAACUGUUGAAAGUAGUGUAAGUGCUAACAAUGUUGAUAAGACACUGUGCUGUGAUCUAUGUGGAAAAUUACAUUCAUCCAGGGAGUCUUUGCAGAAGCAUAUUUUAUCUCAUACACAGAUACGACCAUUUGUGUGUGAAUUCUGUGAUGCGGGAUUUACAUCACAGCAUCUUCUUAAUGGUCAUUUAGAGAUGCACAAAAAAGCAACAGCGCACCUAUAAGAAAAAGCAGUAAUGUGAUAGAGUAAAAAGAGAAUGUAUACAAGGCACUGGAAAGGAAUUUCCAGUUUUUCAAAGAGCUUUAUUUUAUACUAAAACCAGUUUACAGCAUCUAACACAUUAUAUGAUAGCUGUCUUCAAAAUUUUAUGUAUGUUACUGUUUUUUAAAAAUUUAUGCAUUUCAAGUUCACAGCAGUAAAUUAAAUGUGUAUAAUGUUUCUGCGAAGUCAAAAACUUUGAGUAGACAGAUAAUUUGUUUAUAUGUACAGCAAAAGAGGAAAAAUCAGUGUUCAUUACCUUGUGAUCAGAUGCAACAGAAAAUUAAUUUAUUGUAGAUAUUAUCUUGUAUUUUACAAACAUUGUUCCUAACACAACAGAAUGAAAAAAAUGAAGUGUAUAUCAACUUUUUCUGUAUGUGUACUGCCAGACAGCUAGAUAACUGGUAGCCUUCUUUACCACAUAAAGUACAACAUUCAUAUGUGAAAUUUGGGGCCACUAUUUGUCAUUAUUAGUUGUUAAUCGGAUGUAAUUAUUUAUAAUUGUGUAUUGAAAACAAACAUAUUGCACUAUCAUCUUCCCAUUUUCAUGAUAAAUCAGAUUGUGUAUGUCAAAGAGGAAUGGGAGACCUGAACAAUAAUGAAAGAAAACAUUUCACUAGGUGAAACAACAACUGAAGUUUAGAGCCCCAUGAGGAAAUUAAUAUUUCCUGCUGAAGGGGGUCAAGGUAUAAAGGUGAACUCAAAGGAUCAGUCCAUAAGUGUGAAGUUAUGGGUAGGGUGUUGUUCACUGUAAUGCCUCCAAAUCCAUUUCUUUUACCAUAAAAUUUCCAUUGCCACAAUCUUUCGUUUAUUUAGAUUUAUAGACUGUAACAUCAGGAUUCAGUUUGUUCAUGUGCACUGCUGUCAAUACAAGUAUUGUUACAUCUGCAACUGUAAGUCAAGCAAACGUCUCUGUUUGUGCCAACAUGGCUGGGAAAUAGAGUGAGUUUAUGGAAGAUUCAUCUUAAAAUCAUUUUUGUGGUAUGAACCAUCAGCAGUGUUAUAUUUAUCUUUUUUACUCUUUCUUUGUCCUAUUCUCCCCCCCCCCCCCAUAUCUCUCUCUCUCUCUCUCUCUCUCUCUCUCUCUCUCUCUCUCUCUCUCUCUCUCUCUCUGCGCGUGUGCGCUCGCCCCCUCCGCCCCCUCGUGUGUGUCCACUACCUACCAUGACCUGUUUAAAUUAUCUUAUUAAUUGGCUUUUCUAUUCACUUUAACAUCAAAAAUGGCUUGAUUCUUCAAGUUUCAUUACUUUUGUUGCCCAGUAUUUAGUAAAUGGGGUUGUUUCAAUCAUUCUUGUUGGUGAUAGGCAUAUUUUAAACUUCCAUGUUCGAAGGUAAACAGAGCCUGUAAACAAGAAUAGGUAAAAAGUAACUCUGAAGAGUAAAAUUUAGAAACUUGCUUCUGCUUUCAAAAAUACUUGUCUGUGUAACAAUAUGUAAACAAAUUGGCAUUAGUAAACAGGUAGUGUUUUACUUCUUCAUAUGCUUCUGCAUUGCUUUCAUGGUCUGUCAAGAGUAUUUUUCUAUCUCCUGAUUAUUGAGUGGCAGUACACAGUGAUGUGUGAAAGCUUGGCAAAAAUAAAAACUGGCAAAUUUAAUAAGCAAAAUAUUGAAAGAUACUGUUUACUUUCAUAUUAAUGAAAGCUGAACACGAGGGACAAAAGCAUAAAGUGUGCCAGUGGCCGCAGUUCGUAACUAAGAGUUGCUCAGAACUCUGUCAAGUGAGAGCCAGGUGCAAAGGGAACCAAUUAAAUGUAGUAGUAUUACAUCUCUUAUCAUUUCAAAAUAUACAAUUAUUUCGCUCUCUUCCACAUCUUUCAGAUAUUUGUAAUUAAAGAAUCUGUAGCAGAUAUUAACUUUGUUUACCAAACCACAUGCCUUCAAAUUUAGAGACACGACUACUUUAUCCAUUUAAUUCAGAUUUUAAGUGAGCGGUGUGUAUAUUGUAAAAGUGAAUUGGAAGUGCUUGGUCUUAAAGUAUGGCAAUAUUUAACUCUGCUCUGACGUAGAAAACACUGUAACACAAUUGUAAGCUGAAGAGGAUGCACACUGGAUGGCUCUCCAUAGAGGUUUCGAAGUUAAGCAUAGUUAAAACGUGCUCACAUCUCAUUUGUUAGGAUAGUAAAAACAUUUGUCCCCCAAAAAUAGAUGUUCUAUUGCGUGGUGUAUCACUGCUAAGACUUAGUGUAAGAAAGAAAUGGAAAUAAGUUUCCACAGGCUGGUUGGAUGACUUUUAUUCGUGGGUAGUCUGUAGCUUUCACAUACAUUGUUUUUCUGCUGCUGAUAAAUUGCAUAAUAUUGUGUAUGCUCUAAGUGAAGAGUUCACUUGUGCUGCACUAAACAUUACUCUACUGCUUUGUGUUGUCAUAGCAGAUACUUCAGUUUCUGUUCUGGAAGAGAUUCUUCACAAAGUUGCAGGAAAAUUACCAGUAUCUCGUAGCUAACCACACUUGGCUAAUGCUUUCCUGUUGGGCAAUUGUAACAUGAUCACUACAGUGAUUAUAUGUAUGAUAUAUUAUUUGCCCACCAUAUCAUAUUUUAGUACAGAUGCUAAAGACUUCAUUGUCUUGUGCUUGAACAAGCCUAAUAACUUCUUUUGGCUGUAAUGUGUUCUUCCACUCCAAGUUUAGAUGCUACAAAUAAGGCAGUGAUCAUCUUACAUUGAUAUUUUUAGUGAUCUUAGUCAACAAAGGACUAUCAUUUUCGUAAAGUCUUUAGUAUCUACCAUUACGUGCAGAAAAGGCAAGUUACUGUCAUAUUGGUAUUUUUUAGCCAGUUGUUUUUGCACUUCGGUAUAUUGUCUGUGAUUGAACGCUAUAACACUGUGCACCAAUCAACUGUAAAACUCAGUAUUUUGUUAGUUUUUAGAAACUUCUAAAAAUCUAAAACACUGACUUUAGAACUUGCUGUUUCCUAUCUUGCUGAAACAAAAUGAAAUACUACACUGUAUUUUGGCAACAAGUUUACAGUUCCGUUGCUGAUGUUUUAUGUAUCAGAACUAGGAAUACCAAAAGUUAAUUUGAUAAUAUGAUAAGUUUCAUAGUGUUCUUAAGGCAGCAUGAAUUUUGGGGCAUAUCAUGCUGCAUUUUUCUUGUAACUUUCUUCUUUGUUAGACACUAAUAAUUUUAUUACAGUUCAGGCAUACAAAUAGGGAAAAACAUCAUUUCGAAUAGCAUAACUUCAUCUGUCACUACAAUUACUUAAUGUGCUCUAUAGCAAGACAAAAAGUCAUUCAUUUAAAAUUCAAGUUAUUAAUGUUGUGAACUUGCUGUGGUAAGUUUGCUUGAUUUAACACCCAGCCUUCAGUUUUAUGCCUAUUUCUUUUAAUUAUGGACUGAGCUUACUUCCUGUGGUUCCAGGUGGUUGUUAAGUACCUUAAUGAACAAUGAGUACAACUGUAAUUUGGAUGUCCCACGAAUUCAUAAGUAAAAUGAAUUUGUACCACAUUUACAUUGAAUUUUACCCACUUUGUGUAUAAUUGUUUGUACUAAAUAUGACAAAUGUAUGUAUAAUUUUUGUAUAAAUAAUUAUUCUGUAUAUAAAACAUAUUCAAGUGAAUACCAUAAGGAAGUUGUUGUGUAAUUUAUAACUUAUAUAGAUAUAUAAAUAUUUUGUGCAUAUGUAACAAAAGAAAAUGUGUUACACUGGUAUUGCCAAAUGAAAUGCUCAGAUGAAACUUUUUGAGGACUGGUAGUUGAAUAGGUAACCUCAAUCCAUGAUCCCCUUCCCCAUAUUAUACUAGCUACCAAAACUGCAUUUAAAAGGCUGAAACUUGCUUCACUGGGUUUGUUUGUUUGAAAAUAUUGGUAUUCAGUAUUAACUUUGAUAUAUGUAUUCUCCUGUUAAAUGUUGACAUAGCCAGGCAAAUUUGCAGUUUAUAGACCUAUAUGUUUGUUGCAGAACUGCGGGGCAGUAACUGCCAUCAUUUUAAAUUAAAUGUUAUGUGCUGAAAAGCAAAUUAUUCUUAACUACAAAUUUUGUGUACAAAUAUUCCAGUAAUGGUGCUCAGUACCACAAGACAGUUAUUAUAUUGUGUGAUAUUCUAAUGACUUUAGCAGGUUCUUAACCCUUCGUGAAAAAAGCGGACUACAGUGUGACAUUUGAAUGUUUUGUGAGGAGAAUGUUUGAAAGACGUAAUAACUGUGACAGCUUGUGUGAAUAAAUCUGAAAGUGUCUUUGUAAAUGAGGUUCGUUGUCUUGAAGUCGGCUUCCUCAAUCCUGUUGUGAGUAACAGAGUCCUGUGACAUAUGGAAUGCAGGAACUGCUUCCACAGUUAAUCACUAACAGAGGUUUCUACCCAUGUACAGCUGUGCAGUUCGUCCUUUAGUGUUGAACACAGCUAUCUUUUAUACAACCAAAUCUGCAGAUAUGCAGUUUCAAUAAAUAUUAAUAUGAACCUA